AUAUAUUAUUGGAAAAAAAGGAAAAACCCAAGCAGAAUCCGAGAAGAGAAUUCAAAUUUCUCAUCACAAAUCCUGAACGAAUCAGCGAUUUUACGAACCCUAGAUUUUGAAUUUUCGUUUUGUGUUCUUUUUUGAUUUUUGAUUUUGCUGUUAGGGUUUGCAGAUCAAACAACAAUGACAGCGCCUGUUUGGCAUUAAGUACAAGUACUCUCGAUUAUUCUUAAGCUCAGAGAAAGGGAUAUAUGUGGUUCAUUCAUUUGCUUUGAGCAAUCAUUCAACUAUUCUGAGCCUGUUUAAAAGCGUCCAUUGACAGAAAUACCUUCGGUAAUUAGAGUUUUUCGAUCAUGGUGGCUACUGCUGCUACUGCUUCAUUGUUUCCGGUUUCUUCCCCACAACCUGACUCUGGUGCUAAGAACUCCGGUAAGCAUGGAGGUGGGCUGGGAAGUGUAGAUGUGCGCGGAAUUAAGACAAAAUCUGGGUCUUCUGGGAGUUUGCAAGUUAAGGCCAACGCACAGGCCCCUGCAAAGGUAAAUGGUUCUAGAAUAGGUGUCAUGGAUGGCCUCAAGAUCGAUGAUAAUCCAUCAUCGGCUGCCCCAAGAACGUUUAUCAACCAAUUGCCUGAUUGGAGCAUGCUCCUUGCUGCUAUUACAACUAUUUUUUUGGCUGCUGAGAAGCAAUGGAUGAUGCUAGAGUGGAAGACUAAGCGGCCGGACAUGCUUUCGGAUAUGGAUCCUUUUGGUUUAGGGAGAAUUGUUGAGGAUGGUUUUAUAUUCCGUCAAAACUUUUCUAUUAGAUCAUAUGAAAUAGGGGCUGAUAGAACUGCAUCGGUAGAGACGUUAAUGAAUCAUUUGCAGGAAACAGCCCUUAAUCAUGUAAAAAAUGCUGGACUCUUGGGUGAUGGUUUCGGUUCAACGCCCGAAAUGUGCAAGAAGAAUCUAUUUUGGGUGGUGACAAAGAUGCAAGUGCUGGUGGACCGUUAUCCGACUUGGGGUGAUGUGGUUCAAGUAGAUACUUGGGUAGCUGCUUCUGGGAAAAAUGGAAUGCGUCGUGAUUGGCUCAUUCGUGAUUGGAAAACAGGAGAGAUACUGACACGAGCUUCAAGUAACUGGGUUAUGAUGAAUAAAGUCACAAGGAGGUUAUCAAAAAUUCCUGAUGAAGUCCGGGCUGAAAUUGAGCAAUAUUUUGUAAACACACCUCCAAUCAUCGAUGAUGACAACAGAAAGUUACCAAAACUUGAUGAGAACACUGCUGACCAUGUUCUUGAUGGUUUAACUCCGAAGUGGAGUGAUUUGGAUGUCAACCUGCAUGUCAACAAUGUGAAGUAUGUUGGCUGGAUUCUCGAGAGUGCUCCACAGCCUGUUGUGGAGAACUAUGAGCUUGCCAGCAUCACUCUAGAGUAUCGUCGGGAGUGUAUGAAAGACAGUGUGCUGCAGUCGCUCACUUCCAUGGUGGGGAAUGGCGGUGGCGGGAUGGCGGACGUUGAUUGCCAGCAUCUGCUUCGAUUGGCGGGCGGUGGUUCUGAGAUUGUGAAGGGAAGGACCAAAUGGAGGCCUAAAUAUGCAAACAGAUUCAGGAGCAGCAGCAUGGGUCAGUUGGCAACUGAAAGUGGCUGAUUAUGGUAAGUGGCAUUAUGGUCAUUUUGCUACUUGUGUUCUUGCAAUGUUUUGACAUCUCAUCUAUAUAUAUAAUAUAUAUAUAUUCCUUUAUAUGUUG